CCUCCUUCCUCCCCUCCUUCUCCUUCUAGUCCGACUUUGUUGCUCUCCUGCCCCGCUAGUCCGUCUCUGGUCUCUCCGGGGAACCGAAGAACACCUCGACAAAGUCUCAACCAUGGAAGGCGACAACAUAAUAAUGCCUGUUUGACUCGGGGAUAGUUUCCAAGAUGCCAGGCCUUUUGUCCAGUCCUGUGUGUCUGACAGUCAUCUGGUUUUUAUCUUGGUCGCUGCGUCCUAGUUGUGCUCAGAUUUUGACCGAUGAAGUGUCAGGUGUGCAGUAUGGGCACUUGGAGUCAAAUGUGACACUGGCAUGCGGGAAGUCGCAAAUCAGGAUACCUGUGGUCUGGCAUCUCAACCACAGCUCAGUGUUGCCAUGGCACAAAGUGACAUCAGAUGGAUCCUUAGUCCUGAUGCACGUCGACCACUCGGCACAGGGCAUCUACAGCUGCUAUGAUAACCAGGGACUGCUCCUUCACUCCGUCAAACUCAGGCUGGGUCAUCCCCCAGGGCUGUUGAGUGUUUCCUGUCAAGUGCCCAAUCACACGUAUGUUCGCUGCUCCUGGGUGGAAUCUGUAGCGACCUUCCUGCCAGCCCAGUACAAUGCCUCCUUCAGGGGCAGUGGGCAGGAGUGGAGGCCAUGUGUCGUGGAUAUUGUCCGCAAGCACUGUGAUGUAGAUCGUCCUGCCUUCUGGCAGACCAUCCAUACCCUUAGAAUCACUGCGACCAAUGCCCUUGGGUCUGAGACAACAUAUGCGCGGUUUAAGUUACAUGAACUAUUGAAACCAGACCCUCCAGAGUCAGUGUUGGUGAACGAACUAGAAGGCUUUCCAAAGAGGCUGAUUGUCUCAUGGACCUUUCCUGCCUCCUGGCCACUGCAUGACGCUUUCCCCCUAGUGUUUCAGAUCAGAUACAGGCCGCUGGGCUCUAUGUACUGGUCAGAGAUCUACUCAGAGGAGAGUCCAGUUGUGAUAUUUGACGCUCUGGCUGGCCACCUCCACCAGGUGCAGAUCCGAGCCCGCGAUGAGGUGAACGCUGAGAGCCAGUGGAGUGAAUGGAGUCCCCUGCUUCUAGCCCGGCCCUGGGAAGUCUUUACCACCCCAUACCCAACAGAGGAGGUCCCCCCAGAGCUCUUCUUUCCCAUCAACACAAAGCCUGAAACCUCAACUGCAAAAUCACACAAUCCUGUACUUGAGGAUGAAGGUAGUUUGGGUUUGGUGAUUCUGCUGGUUUUGUUCUCCGUGGUCAUCCUCAUCACCGUCCUUUCCCUCAUCUAUGUCAUGUGGGUGAGGCAGAGGCGGCGCGAUCAUGUGACCAAACAGGAACUCACCUCUAUGGUCAAGAUGAAGUCCAUGCCAAUUUAAUGUUGAUUUCAAGCUUUUCCUCAUCGGCCCGUUCUAGGGCUCCUCCCAAGAGUCAGCCUCUGCCGUUACCACUGUAGCAUGCUGACGGUCUGCAUUCAAAUACAUUAACCACAAUGCAUCAGUCAAGAGUCCACACAGGAUCCAGGACAGCAGGGACAAACCUAUACAGUGAGCUGCAGAGUGGGGUAAAGUUGCCCAGUUUAUAAAAGCUGACUGAAGGGCAGGUUUGACAUAAAUUGAACGUGCUAGGAUUUUCCUGGACAUGUUCAGUGGUUACAUCCAAUGGCACUACCCAGAAUGCAUCAGCAGACUCUAUCUACUGUCCAUGGGGACAUGGAAAACAGCCCCAAUUCUGUUUCUUCACUUCAGCAGUGUCACUGCAGUUCACUCCUCAGCGGACUGUAGGAGCAACACUGCACCCAGGACAUUUGAGUUCACUCACUACCGAUGCUGCUUAAGGUGGACUGACUCCUCAACCCCUUUGGAGAGGGGUGACAUAAUUUUUAUCUUUUGAAAUUUUGAGCAACAAGUAAUGACAGGAAGUGCAGCUGCCAAACAGGAGAACAUAGGUUUGUUUUUGUGGGAAGAAGAUUUUUUUUGUGGGACAACUUAGUCCUCUUCUCCAACUCAGAACUCCUCACUUUCUUUUAUUUUAUUUUUUUUAGAUUCAUUGUGAGACAGAUUGAUGUGUGUCCAUUAUUACAUCGACUGACCGACCGACUCGAUGCUGUGAAGGAAGCAUAACUUCUGCCAGUCUCUCUGUGUGUGUGUCUGAUGCCAAAGCAGCAACUACGGGCAUUAUGGUCUCAGCUGAGAGGGGCAGAAAGCGACCUGUUACUGGUUCCUGACAUGGGGGAUAGACAUGGAGAAUAAGGUCCAGGGUGGGCAUGCUGGGUUAUUAAGACUUUUAUUUCAUUUAUGACAAGUGAUUUUAUGUUGCAUGAUGUGAUUGUUUUGUUGUCUAAUGUCUUUAGAACAGGUGUUAUUUAGUUUCUUUUGUUAUACCUCUUUCUGUCCAUCCAUCCACUCCUGAAUGUGUGCAAAGAAAGACACACAUGAAGAGAAAGAGAUAAGAAAAGAGAUACUGGCCUAUCACAAACCACCAGCAUUAUUAUACUUAGUUAGCUAGAGAAUAUUAAACCAUAAAUAUUCAUCUUUCAUCUAGACUCCAAAGAACCCCUGAUACCUUAUUGAAAAUAGUUGUAUGUCAGCAUAAGAGACUAAACACGGUCUGCCCAUUCACAAAUUAAAGUCAAACCUAGUCAAGUUAAAUCAAAUCUGUUUUGAUUAAUACAUGAACAGAUUCAGAUGUGUUAGAAUUGCUGUCAAUCCACUAAUGGAUUGAGUGACUAAUUGUUUCAUUGUUACAAUAUUAAAAGCUUUGUCAGCCAGGUUAUGUACACAUGGUCAUAUAGUGCAUAGAAAAAACAUUUUAAGAAGCGUUCAUCACUAAAACUUUUUGUUUUAGUAAUUUGUUUUAGGCCAUAUGUAUUGAGAAUUUAAAUCAGUUGCACAAAAUAUUAAUGAUAAAAUAAAAAAAGAAAGAUUUUAGAUUCAAAGGUAGAGCAUGUUACAACAAGCUUGUUUAUUUAGAGAAGUAUGAGGAGACAAAAGUUAGUUAGCUAAAAGUUUUAAAGCACAGAAUACAUUGAGAAAUAUCCUUUAAAGUCCUGAAAUGAAAUGAAAAGAACAAACAAGUUUAUUGGUGCAACUCACAUCUAACCUUGUCAUGGUGUUCUUUUCACAUGAUGAGUGGACUCUCACAAUCACUGCUACCAUCACUGCACCACCAGAAAAUGGAGACAGAUCAUGAAAUGGUCUGUGGAUGAUUUCUGUGGAAACAUUUAGCAGUAUAUGUUCAUGUAUUCAACAAUAAAUAGCUGAAAAAUACAUAGUAGUAGAUUUACACUACGGUAAAUGAUGGUGAUACUUUAUUUUUUGAGGGAAAUGGUAAAGUUUAGGAGGAUAUAAACAGUGGGGCAUUGACAGAUAUCGAUCACAGAAACAGUAGGCAUGUGUAGCUGAACAUAGUGAUUGUACUAGUUUACUUGGCAAGAACAUCGCCAUCCGCUUGACUGACAAAUCAGGGGACUCUUGUCUUACCAGUCAAGCUUUCAUCCAGUGCUCAGUUAUCCCAUGCAGGUGGAGUUUAUGUAGCUGAAUCAGAGCAUGUUUGUUGGUGGGUGUGUACAUAAGAUGAGCACUAAGAUGAUGACCUGACAAGAGCAACUCUCGCUCACUGUAUUUGUGUCUCACUGACCCACCAACUCACGGAGAAAGACAGACUUCUGGGUGGCUAGUGCUUAAAAAGCCCCAUAUACCUCUAGUACAGUACAGUGUAUCUGGUUUAGCUCUGCUUUUGACGCCUGUACCUACAAACCUUGUGUCCCCGCUAAGUUUGUAACACAGAUAUAAGUGAGAGGCUGGACUGCUUGAGAGGGCAGCUCAUGUUGAAAACAUUUCUUUCUUCCUUUGUUUCUGUUGGUCUAGUCGUUUUAUUCUGUUGAUCCAAAGCUGUGUAGUUCUGAACCAGUUGAUUGAUCGAUUGACUGACUGACUGUGUAGUUUGUAUCAGAAACACAAGGUGCACCUAAGUCGAACUUUUUCCAGUUUGACGACUGUAUGUUCUCUCAAGCUAGCUCCACAUAUUAUGCAUGAAUCCAGUUGAAGCUUUUUUUGUAUAUUGUUGUAUAUCACACUUUAAAAAAUUACAUAUGUACGUUAUAAGUGAUGUUUAUAUGUAGAGAGAAAAAAGAAACAUAUUCUUUGGGGUAGUUUCACAGACAUGGUUUUAACUCAGCAGACAAAUAAGCAGUUAAAAGCAGUUGGUGACACCAUGCAAAUAUUGAAUCCAAAUUAUAUAUUGUAGGUCAGUACUGAAUCCCUUACACACAUUGAAAGAUAACACAAUUUUCUUACAAGGAAAGUGAUCAGAGCAAAUGGCAGUAAAUGUUCAGUCAGUCCCCAGAUUAUGUCUCCUUUGAGAUUUCUGUAGAACAUUGCAUUGCAAAAUCCUCAAGUGACUGAAGGGAGAUUCCCAUUGAAAAAUAGCCCUAGAGACUGAGGAUAAUCCAUGUCUGGAGAGGCUUCCCAGCAUUUAUGUAUUUGUGUCUCUUCUCCCCAGUUAUAUGAAGCUGUGUUACUGUACGAUUACUGUAUGGACAAUGUGUUUACCGGAUUCAUCUUCAUCCAACUUGCAUUUCUUUUAAAUGUGUUCAUUUUCAUUCAUUUGAACCACAAAUAAUUAUUUUUUCUUUUCUUAUUUUAAUUGCAACUCUUCCUGAUUUUCAGUGGCAACACUCACCAUGAAAGUAAGACUUUCAUUUUCCAAAUUAUAUUUUGUUUACUUUGAGAAAUUUGUCCUUUGUAGUUAUAUAUCCAAUCGAUAUGAGCUCCAAAAGGAUAAAUUACAUUAAUUUUUAGAUCCUGGCUAAAAUACAAAGUCUAAAUACAUCCAUUCAUUCUUUUAAAUUGAUUUUUAAAAACUGGCAGUUGAUAUCCUAGUACUGAAUGAAUGUAUGUAUGUACUUUUAAUCUUAAUAUUGGUGGUAAUAAUAAUCUUAACAUUAAAGAUUAAAAUGUUCCUUUUCAACACCUGGAUAGUUAACUAUUUUGUGAACCAGCUACCUGCCGAAAUUAGUUAUUUUGUAAUAACUGCUGGGUUUCAACUAACAAAAUGAAUAUUUUCCAAUCUAAACAACAAAAUAAAAGUCAGAAAUUAAUUUCAGGUGUCUGCCUAAAAGAUUUUUAUAAUAUAUUUUUCAAAUUUUCAGGUCAGAUUAUAUAGACCAUCCAUCACAUUGAAUUAAAUGUGGGUAAUGUGCAGUAUCCGUAAGUGAUCUGUUUUCUUUCUGCACCAUCUGUGACUAUCGAUUGCCACCUUUCUCUUUCACUUUAGUGGUGUUUUCUCUGUUUUUGUGGACGCACUUGUGGUAUUUUCAGUCUUUCCAUGUUCCUCUGCAGUAUGUGAUAGCAGAUGGAGCCUGUUGGUUUUAGUUCUUAUAACUCAAAUUACACUCAGGCAUCCAUUCUCAGAUGUACAUAGUCUUUUUUUUCUUUUUUGCUUCAUGUGUACGACAGAUAUCACCAUAAGCUGUUUUUUUCUCCCUGUCCUUGUAUGUUUCUGUGAAAUAAAUACUAUUUUAUCACA